GCUGGGGUAUUUACGGUAAGGUGGACCCGGCGGUGGCAGCUCGGUGUCAGGUGAUCGGUGCUGAGGAGCUGUUGCCGCCGCCCCGGGGAGGAAGAUGCAAGAUGGCCCAGCGGGGCCGUGAGGGGCUCCGCGGCGCCCCCUCCCUCCCCGCCCGCUGCCGCCGCCUCCUCCUCCCCGGCUCGUAAGGCCGGCGGGAAGCGCUGAGGCCAGCCCCGCCGCGCCAGAGCCUGUCCUCGGCGGGGGGCACCGAGCCAUGGGGCUCUGCUACAGCCUGCGCCCGCGGCUCUUCGGCGACGCCGGCGGCUCCAUCUCCAGCGCCGGCGCCGCCUCGGAGCCCGAAGCGCCGACGGAGCCUCACGCCGCCCCGCAGCCGCAGCCCCUCGGCGCCCCUCUCCGGUCCGGCGGUAAGCCCGGCGGGGAGACGGACGGGCCGCCGCUGCUGCUGCAGAACGGCGGCGGUAACGGGGCGGCCCCCGAACGCCCGCCGUUGCCCAAGGCCGGCGGUCAAGGCGGCGUGGGGAAGGCGGCGAGGCAGCAGGCGCUGCACCAGCCGCCGGCUCUGCAGAGACCCUGGGAGAAGCUGCGUUUGGAGGAGCGGGAGGCGGAGAAGGAGGCGAGGAAAGUCAGCAAGAGCAUCGACCGGGCGCUCAAGGAGCAGAAGCGGGAGUACAAGCAGACGCACCGCUUACUGCUGCUGGGGGCUGGUGAGUCAGGAAAAAGCACUAUUGUGAAACAAAUGCGAAUCCUACAUGUCAAUGGAUUUAAUUCAGAAGAAAAGAAACAGAAAAUACUGGACAUUCGGAAAAACGUUAAAGAUGCGAUCGUGACUAUAGUUUCAGCUAUGAGCACUUUAAUACCCCCGGUUCCAUUGGCCAACCCAGAAAACCAAUUUCGAAUGGACUACAUCAAGAGUAUAGCUCCUCUUUCUGACUUUGACUAUACACAGGAAUUCUUUGAGCAUGCGAAGAAGCUGUGGGAUGAUGAAGGCGUAAAGGCGUGCUUCGAGAGGUCCAACGAGUACCAGCUGAUCGACUGCGCGCAGUACUUUUUGGAAAGAAUUGACAGCGUCAGCAUGGAUGACUACACCCCCACAGAUCAGGACCUGUUAAGAUGCAGAGUAUUGACAUCAGGGAUUUUUGAAACAAGAUUUCAAGUAGAUAAAGUAAACUUCCACAUGUUUGAUGUAGGUGGCCAGAGAGACGAGAGAAGAAAAUGGAUCCAGUGCUUUAACGAUGUCACAGCUAUCAUCUUCGUUGUGGCUUGCAGCAGCUACAACAUGGUAAUAAGGGAAGACAAUAACACAAACAGGCUACGAGAGUCCCUGGACCUUUUCAAAAGCAUCUGGAACAACAGGUGGUUACGGACCAUUUCCAUCAUUUUAUUCUUGAAUAAACAGGACAUGCUGGCUGAAAAAGUCCUGGCAGGGAAGUCAAAAAUCGAAGAUUACUUUCCUGAAUACGCUCAUUACACUGUACCCGAGGAUGCAACACCAGAUGCAGGAGAAGAUCCCAAAGUCACAAGAGCCAAGUUCUUCAUCCGGGAUGAGUUUCUAAGGAUAAGCACGGCGAGCGGGGACGGCCGGCACUACUGCUACCCACACUUCACCUGCGCCGUGGACACGGAAAACAUCCGCAGGGUCUUCAACGACUGCCGGGACAUCAUUCAGAGGAUGCACCUCCGCCAGUACGAACUCUUGUGAGGGGGGGCUCACCGUGGAACCUGUGGUUUUAAAUCCUUUGCUCCUUACUCUUUCUCUUGAUACUACCCAGCACAGGGUGGAGGAAUACAUGAUAGAAAUGUCUCUUCACUUUGUUUACUUUAAUUAUUUAACCUUAAAAAGCUGAUUUGAAGCAAGUUUGGGUUGGUUCUUUUUUGGUUUGUUUUGUUUUGGUAUUUUUUUUCCCCUUCAUGUUUUUUGGGGGGACUAUUUUUUGUGCUCUUUUUUUUAAUGCCACUUCUUCAUCAUUCCACUGAAAAAAAAAAAGCCCUUUGGCUACCUCUGUUCCCUUAGGCUUUGGGUUUUUUUUCUGUUGGUUUUUUUGGUAACUGCAUGUGACCUGCUAAAUUUUUCCCAGCAGGUUAACGUGGGUUCAAACUGCUAUGUCAGCUGGAUGACACUAAAAAGUCAUAGCUAGCCCUCUAGGGUGGGUUUCCUUUUUACCAUGGCAUUGAAGAGGAUUUGAUGGGUGAGGGAAACAAAAAGAGGAAAAAAAAGAAACCAAACCACAAACAUAAAACAGCAACGACAAAGAUUAAUGCACUUUGUAUCAGGUUAUGAAAUACUGUUGAGGAAGUAGACACACAAUGUAGCAGCACCACACUAUUUAUUACUCUGUCACAGUUUUUAGCGUUUCUGAGUUACAGGUCCAACGGAUAAAGUGACCUCCUCUUUUAAGCCGUGACUGGCACAGGAAGUAGAGUAGAUGGUGAUGAUGAUGAUGAGAGGAACAGUGAAGCUAAAAGCAAUUUUGCUGGGGUUUUGGAGCUAAAGCGUCUCUGCGCACCUCAGGCGUCGGAAUUACAGCUGCUUUUCAGCCUGUUGCACCUAGGCAGCCAAGUGAGCGCCCUCACUUUUACGUUUGUUUGUGCUGUCCACAAAUGAUCCUUGGAGUUCAGAUCAUUCUUGGACAACGCUCCCUCUCCCUCUCUAUCUAUCUAUAUAUAUAUGUAUAUAUAUACACACACAUGCAUACAUACAUAUAUAUAUAUAUAGUUUUGUUCUGGUUUUGUUUUACCGCUGGUUUAUGAUAUUGUACAGACUGUAAAAUGUAAUAUUAUUUUGUACAACUUUAUUGAAGAAAAAAAAAACACAACACACAAAAAAAAAACCCUUUCCUUGUAGAAGAUCUUUGUGCCUUGAUUAUGGCUGUACCUGUAAAAUGAGCUAAGAUGUAAGUAUGUUUUUGAUUGCGCUGUACAGCUUGAUGUCAACCUUACCUGCAGCAGUGACUGGAGGUAAGAACUUUAUCUGUAGAGUUUAGGGGUUUGGUUUUUGGUUUGGGUUGUUUGUUUGGUUUUGGUUUUUUUUUUUCUGGUUUAUAUAAAAAUGCUCUUUAGUAUUUAAAAACAAAGGACAAAAAAAAGAUAAAUUAUGCAAAGUAACCACUUACCUUUCCAAGUGAGGUAUUCCAGUCACCGGAUGUUGCAGCAAACUUGCCUUUCUCUUUGGAAGUCUCAGCUUUAACCCGUUGGAAUUCGAGUGUCCGAACCGCAACCUGGUGGUGUCCUGAUGGGAACCAAGGAGUUCUUUCUGUUUUCCUUUCUCUGUUGGGUAAUUCUUUGGUCAUUCAUAGACCUUCACAAUUGCACCGACCGAUUGUGAAUGUGUAGAAGCACCACUCGAUAGAGCUCUUCAACCUCUGUACCGACAGCGGCUUUCAUUGUGCAAGUAACUAGCGAGAAGAAGAAACAAACCAACCACAGCAGCAACAACAACUAAGGUGUAUAAAACCCUUGUGUCUGGCCUGAGAGAAUUACAAGAUGACGUUUUUAUUUCUCUUUUAAUAAAGAGACACAUUAGAAAA